AUGACAGACGAGCCCAUUAAAGAGAUUCUGGGAGCUCCAAAGCAUCCUGAACCUGUAACGAUGGAGAAGAGCAAUAACAAUGACUGCGUGGUAACCACUGUCCCUUUGGUCAGCGAGUGCCAACUGACUGCAGCAACCGGAGGAGCGGAGCUGUCCUGUUACCGUUGCACUAUCCCCUUUGGCGUGGUCAUUCUUAUAGCUGGAGUGGUGGUCACCGCCGUGGCGUACAGUUUCAAUUCCCACGGCUCAAUCAUCUCAGUGUUUGGACUGGUCCUCUUGUCAUCUGGACUCCUCUUGCUGGCUUCUAGCGCCUUGUGCUGGAAAAUCAGGCAACAGCACAAGAAAGCCAAAAGGCGAGAGAGUCAGACAGCGCUUGUGGCGAAUCAGAGAAGCUUGUUUGGUUAG